AUGGUUAUCUCUCAGGGAGAAGCUUUAGUUGGCUUGAAACUCAGGUUGAAAUAUGUUGCCACUUCUCUGGGAACCCACGUUGCACAAGAAAUCUUGAACCUCUACCAAGAGCCUGAUGGGACACGUCGGCUCCUCAACUACCUGCUGGACAAUCUCGCAGGCACCAAACGUGUAUUAGAGAAACAGCAACCACCUCGCUCGAGGACACUGCAGGAGCCUGAAAGAACACGGACACAGUACUUUUUCUCUGUAAUGUGCUACAAUGUGCUGUUGACAAGUACGCCAACACGCCAGCUCCGCGGCGACUGUCCCGCCUGGUCCCUCAACUGGGCCGACAGGAAGAAGUCCAUCAUGCAGGAGAUUCUCACCCUGAAUGCGGAUAUCAUCAGCCUACAGGAAGUGGAAACGGAGCAGUACUACAACUAUUUCCUGGUGGAGCUGAAGGACCUGGUUUAAGGAUUCUUCAGUCCUAAGUCCCGAGCCAGGACCAUGUCUGAAUCCGACCGCAAACAUGUGUGACGGGCUGCGCACUCUUCUAUAAAAAAAACAGAAAAGUGCGUCUAUAAAACAGAGAAGUUCAGUCUGGUGCAGAAACACACAGUGGAGUUCAACCAGCUGGCUAUGGCAAAAUUCAGAAGGUUCAUGAGGCCAUGUGUGAACAGGGUGAUGACAAAGGACAACAUCGAGUGAUGGAUACUAGAGCUGCGGAAGAGGAUGAGGAGCAGUCUGAUCAUCUUUGUCAUUUAA